AUGCAAGCGCAAAAACGAGCUUAUCGACAGCGGAGAAAGGAUCCCAGUUGUGAUGCUUGCCGGGAGCGUAAGGUCAAAUGUGAUGCGACAGAAACGAGUAGCUGUUCGGAAUGCUCAAGUAGGAAUGUCAAAUGUCAGUUCACUAAAGAGACAAAUAGGCGUAUGUCUUCCAUCAAACAAGUUCAAGAUCUGGAGAAACAGAUUGCUCAAGUCAAGCGCGAAAAUGGUCAAUUGAGAGCUAUGCUCAGUAUGAGAGAAGAUCAAAUGGAUGUCGAUGGUGAUGGUUUGGCCCAGACAUCUGUCUAUUUGCCGGAGAUUGGAUCGCAGCCUAAAAAAAUACCAAGAGCACCUCCGCCUCACGAUUUGUCGAGAGUGCAAUCCAAUAUUGGGAACUACAGCCAUGGAAUCUUCAAAUCUCCAGCCCUCUAUCGACAAACAAAAGCACCGGCAAGCUGGGUUUCCCAGCCUCCAGAACUACCACCCAAACACCUCGCAGAUCACUUAUUGAGAGCGUAUUAUUCAUCAAUACAUCUGGUAACACCCAUACUGCAUUGGCCCAAUUUCCAGCGCGAAUACGAAGAAGUUUAUAAAAAGGGUACCUUCGAAACGUCAUCCCGGACUUGGUCUGCACUAUUCUUCGCAGUCGUGGCGGUUGGUGUUUUGUUUAGCACCGAGCCCAGUAUUCAGAGACCUUACAAAGGCAAGGAAUACAUAGAAAUAUCUAUAAGUCUAUCGGAUCUUUGGAACGACGAAUACAGCAUAGAUCAUGCUCGAGCAGCUCUUCUUACUAGUAUCUUUCUCUACGAAAUGAAUCUUAAGUCGGCAGCAUGGACAUGGCUAGGAUCAGCUGUUCGUAUUGGUCAAGAUUUGGGGUUCCAUAGCGAGACCGGACCAUGGCAAUUAGUCGAAGAUGAAAUGCGAAGAAGAGUCUGGUGGGGAAUCUACAUUUGGGAUCGUCAUAUGUCACUCGAGCUCGGAAGACCUCUCCUGAUCGAUGACGCAGACUGCGAUGUUAUUCUCCCCAAUCCCAUCGAUGAAUUUUACUUGCAUCCUAGCUACCGGUCUCCGCCAGCUCCUCAAAAUGGCGCACCACCUGGUCCAUCUUCAACUUUUCUACUCCCUACCAUCCAUAUAAUGCGUUCAAUAGGACCACUCCUCAAAACUCUCAAAUUACCCAUCGUCCCCCCUUCAACAAUCUCAACCUUCGACACUCAUUUCACAUCCUGCCUCUCACACUUUCCACCUCCCUGCCAAUUCUCCUCCCUCGAACCCCUAGAUCCAACUAUGGUAACACCAAUUAUCCACCUUCUAAGCGCCCGUCUCUCACUCCAUCGCCACAAUCUCACCACCACUUCUCCUCCAGAUUUACGCACUAGCGCUAUCGAAUCCUGUAUUCACGAUUCCCUAACCAGCGCAUCAAUAAUCACUCGAUCAGUCCCCAAUUAUCCACCCAAUUCAUUACAGACUCGUUCAUGGGGCCAAACAAUUAGCGCAAUGAUUGUCAUGCAUAUAUGGCGUUGUACAUUAUUUUUACUUUUCGGAGGACAAUUCGAAGCAGCUAUGACGUGUAUUAGAGCACAUUCCCAUAUUGGGUAUUCGAGAGAGGUUAAUGUGGCUUGUGGAAGAUAUAUAGGAUUUUUCUUGACGGUGUUGAUUGAGAAGAAGAGGGGUUUGUAUUCAGGGGAAAAUGGGAGAGAAAUGGGGUAUUUGAGUCAAAGAGGAGGGAGAUUUGAAAUGGACGAGGAGGUUUUGGCGUAUUUAAGUGCGGAUUUGCAGGGGACCGAUGACGCAUGGGUUUGGCAGGGGAGAGAAGCGAUGGGGAUGAGAAGUCCGGCUGUUAGUGGUGUGGGUGGGUCAGGGGUACUUAGUCCAAUACUUGGGAGUGGUGGAGAGAGGGACAGGGAAAUGAGUGGGAUGAGUGGAUUGAGUGGGGGAUUUUUGGUGCUGAGGGAGAAGGAAGCAAUGGAUUGGGGUGGGUGGGAACGAGUGCAAUAUUUGGUGGAUGUUUUGGCUAGGGAGUCUGGUGUGUCGGGAUCUGCACUUGGACCUAUUCCUGGGCCUGGACAUAUACAAGGAAGUGCAGCAUAUAUCCCGGAAUCUCGAAGUGCGUUUGGGUUAGGAUUGGGUGUAGGAUCGAAUGUAGGUGUAGCGCCCUUAGUAGGAGGACCAGUGGUGGCAGCCGCGCCGAUAGGAAUCCCGCAAACAAGCCCACCAGCAAAGCGAGACGAGCGAAAUCGCGGCAACGAAAGGAUGAGUAUUACCAAUAUCAUCUAG